AAAAUACCGCGAAAGGGGAGGGGAGAAAGGAACUGCCUCAAUAUAAGUUCUCCUCGAGUUGAUCGCACAGCAUUUGUAACAAAAGAGCCAUCGCUUUGGACAAAGAAUUCCUUGUUAAGAUAGACAAAUAUUUAUCAAGCAUCCACCCGGGACCGUCAAAAUCAUUGGCAACAAAAAAAGGGAAAAUCUGGUGUAAGUUCUGGACAAAAUGCUGAGCCCAAGUUUCCUGGUUUGCUGUAUUUUUUGUUUGUCUCAGGUUUGUCAACUUGCUUCGAGCGGCACCUGCAACGACAGUUCCAGGUACUUAAAGUUUACCAAGUGUUGCGCAAAAUGCCCACCUGGAACGUACAUGAGCAGUGAAUGCACAGCUACAAAGGACUCAGAAUGUCAACCUUGUGGCCCUGACCAUUAUCAGUCAGAGUGGAACACAUUGGACCAUUGUCAACUACAUAAAAGCUGUAACAAUAAUGGAGGAUUUGUGAUAGAGAAGCCUGGCACUAGUACCUCGGACACCAUCUGCCAGUGCCAGUUAGGAAUGUACUGUGUCAAUAAGGAUUGCGAGAUUUGUAAAAACAAUGAAGUCUGUGGACCUGGAAAUGGAGUCGUUUACAAAGAAGAUGGGAGUUUCACAAGGCCAGUAUGUGAGAAAUGUGAAGCUGGAUAUUUUUCGAACGUGUCUUCUAAAUUGGAGCCCUGCAGGAAAUGGAGCGACUGUGGGUCACUCCAAAUGUUGGAAAAUGGAACUGCAACAAAAGAUGUGAAAUGUGGUACCACAGAAGUUCCAUCUAAAGGAAAAUUAAUCAUGGUGAUAGUACUCCUGAGUGUAGUGCUUUUUAUCAUCAUAUUGUUUUCCUUCAUAUACAUUGGAUAUAAUAAAGAAAAUCGGAUUAAAAUAAGGCAUCUCAUCAACAGGCUGAAGUGCGAAGACAAGACUCAAAUGCCAAUCCAGGAGCGGGAGAUGACUGAGAAUGGAAGGAUAUUAGCCACGGCUGCAGAUGAAGAUAAGAGCACUGAAGAUGGGACUGAGCUUCUCGUUGUAUAAAGUGCAGCUGCCAAGACUAUUAAACCCAGCUCCAAUGGGAGAAAGCAGUGGACAUCGCAAUGAAGCUAAUGUCUUUGUGUUUUCAUGGGGAUUCUCUGAAUUCAGCUUCACUCUGUCAUGGUCAUAGACCUGUAUGGACAUCCGGCCAUGAACUUACUAAUCCCAACAUCAAAAGAUUUCUGCGCUGGCUCAGAACAACUGACACUGGCAUGAUGCCUUAUUGACUUCCUUUGGUGCCGUAUCAUUCUAUGAUUCUAUGAUAAAUAUGAUUUAAUCCGCCUGCUCAGUGACAGAUCAUGGAAAUAGCUGCUUGAAUUACAGCACGUGGAUCCCCUCUGUUUUUAUGUGGAGAUGAAAGCUUUUCUGAUCCAAAGCUCUUGCAUUCAGAUUGCAGCUUCCUCCUCAAAGCAGCAGAGGAAUCUGCACCAUCUCUGCCAACAAUGUCUAAUUGCAGCUCUCCAGCCUUAACUGCCAGGAAGCCAGUUAAUGUUUUGUAGGCAUCUGUGGUUGUAAAAACAGCUGAAUUCCGACUGAGGGGCUCGGUUGGUGUAAAAUCUUUCACAAAUUCGAUUGGCGAGUACAGGCAUUUCUCUCUUUCCUAUCCUUAGUUUUCCCUCCUUCUGUGCCCAGCCCCCUGCCCCCAGUACUGACCUUUGUGUAUAAUUCCAAACGUGCCAACAGCCCUCCUCAAUACUUCUUUCUGGACAUUAUAUAUUUUGAUACUUUAACCACAUCUGUACAUGUAUGUUAAAUGUUGUAAAAAGUAAUAAAAUGAAUAACUGACUGCCAUUUAAUUAAGUCAGAUUAUUUGCUUUAACAUUA